AUGGAUUUGGGUCGCGGGUAUUGCCCCAAAAAGGGAAAAGUAAAGGGGAAUCAAUUUCCUGGGGUUAAAAUUGGGCUGAAUCAAGAUGCCCUUUUGAUAAUUAAGCUACCAGAUUCUAGGGCUUUAAGGAUUAUGUCACGGUCUUUGUUCUUGGCAAUGGUUCUUCUUACAUUGCCCUCAAUUGGGUCCAUACUAAGAGGCUCAGUCGACGUAAUCGACGUGAAUUCUGAUGAUGUGAGGGACUUUAACAUGUUGCAUAAUCUUUUUCGUGAUUUGGGAGAUGAAGGACUUGUUAAAAAGGGCCAAAAAGGACUCAUUUUGAGCUCUGAGAAUAAUGAUCAUUUGGCGGAAGAUUUGGAGUUGUUGAAUGACAAUGUGGUUGAUUUGGUGAAUGAUUCAGAUAUGGAUAACAAAAAUUCAAUUCCAAAUGAGACGUUUGAUUUUGCAAUUGCUUGGACUAAAUGGAACAGUAAGUUCAUUGAUCGUGUGCUCAAGAUUGGUGGCAUUGUGGUAACUCAAUUGAGCAAUGAUCCUUUAGCUGAGCUCAAAGCUCUAGCUAACUAUAGAAUUGUGUACAUACGACGAUUCGACAAAACUAUGAUUGGUCUGAGGAAAAUUGGGACAGUAAACGAUGAGCUGAAUUCGCGAAAAAAGAACAUUCUUUGUGGAAGCACACCUGAGGAUAAGAAAGUUGCAUUGAAAGGAUUAGAGGAUGUGUUGUUUGAGCCACCAAGAAAGGCACUUGUGAAAUCAAUUUCAAGGAAGAUGAAGUUUCUUCCUGAGUUGUUAGGGGAUUCGCUUGAGAAUUACCCGCGAAGAGUUUUCAUUUCUGAUGAGAAAAAUGGAGUAGCAGAAUGGUUUCAGAGGAACUACCCUGCAAAGAAUCAAGAUUUUGAGGUUUACAACUUGGAUGUUGAAAUCCAAGAUUCAGAGGAAUGGGGGAACGGGGUGCCCUUACUUGGGGCAGCAGAAUGGUUAAGCAAAAAUGUGAAGGAAGAGGACUAUGUUGUGAUGAAAGCAGAAGCAGAAGUGGUGGAGGAAAUGAUAAAGAAGAAGACAAUAUGUUUGGUGGAUGAGUUGUUCUUGCACUGCAGAAACCAAUUGGAAGAUGAUGAUGAUGAUUAUGAAGAGGAAAAUGGAAGCCAGAGGAAGGCUUAUUGGCAAUGUUUGACAUUGUAUGGGAAGUUGAUAGAUGAAGGGGUUGCUGUGCAUCAAUGGUGGAGUUGA